AUGACCAUCACAAGCAGCUUGACAAGCACGUCCUUAACCGGUACAACGACAUCGCAAACAAGCACCUCUUCCACUCUGUCCAGCAUAUCGACCACUAGCACAUCAGCAAGCAGCACGCAGACAUCCGUCACUGUGACAGAGACAACCGCUACGCUUACAACUACUACUGAGACAACAACAAUUUACUUCUUCUGCGACAUCGGCUACGACAACUGGGAGUUGAGCUGGUCGAGCAUGAAGAAGGAAUGGUGCUGCGAGAGAGAGCAGAAAGGUUGCCCUUCAACUACAACGUCCACCGGCACCAGGACCAGCCGCACGAGCACGUUGACAAGUGUGACAGUGAGCUCAACUUCCACGACAACGGCAACUUCGACCUUUAGCACGUCGACCACGCAGUCUAGCACGACGACCAGCAGCAAGUCGACUUCAAGCACCUCCACCGGUUCUACAUCGACAAGCAUUACGCUCAGCUCUGUCACAGGUACUACAUCCACGGUUACCGUGGUAACCACCACCGUCACAUCGACAGCUUGGUUCUUCUGCGAUGUCGGCUACAGCAAUUGGGAGUUGAGUUGGUCAGAUGCAAAGAAGGAGUGGUGUUGUGACAAGGAGCAGAAAGGAUGCCCUUCAACCACAACGUCGACUAGCACUGCGACCAGUCGAACUUUCUCGUCAACGUCUAGCUUGACAAGUACAUCUUCCACACUGACGACGGUUUCGGACACUAGCACAUCUUCCACUCUGUCCAGCAUAUCGACCACCAGCACUUCUGCAAGCAGCACGCAGACGUCAGUGUCUUCGACAGCAACGACAACCACAGGAACAACCACCACCGAGACGACAACGAUGUAUUUUUUUUGUGAUAUUGGCCACAGCAAUUGGGAGGUGAGUUGGUCAAACUUGAAGAAGGAAUGGUGCUGCGAGAGAGAGCAGAAAGGUUGCCCGCCAACCUCGACAUCCACAUCCACCGGAACUAGCCGUACUACAUCCUCUAGCACCCUGACAUCUGGAACUGCGACGAGUACGAUCUCCUCCUCUUCGAGGACCGCCUCACAGACCAGCACGGCUACGAGCUUGACCACGACGAGCUCGAGCAGCAAGUCCUCCAGCCAGACGUCCAGCACUUCAACUACCGAAACGUCAAGCAGCACCACCUCGACGCCGAUCCCCCAAUGCCGCCAGUUCCUGGGUGGCGUUCCCCUCUUGGGCAGUGGCACGUGCCAGGGUGGGGAAGAUGGAGAUCUUUGCUUGGCUGGAAAGCAGGUCUCUCAAGAGGGCUAUGCAUCAUGUGGCGGGUCUUCCUCUGGCCAGCUGCUCUGCCCUGUGGGUUCUGCCACGGCGGUCAGCACAGGAUCCAGCGCUUGCCAAGUCUGCGCAACCCUGGUUGCUCAAGACUGGGGCACGCAGGGCUACAGAGUUUACGGUGACAUUCGCUGGAGUCCGGCAGCGAUCUGCGACUCGAGUGGCCCAAACGAGUCUAUUAUUGACGGCUACAGUGUGUGGUUUGUAGACGACUGCGGCACAAAGUUGGAGCUCGUGGGCACAGUCGCGAAGAAGCACCAGGAUUGGUCAGCAGAACUCCUGGAAUGCUGCCAUUCCUCCUGGUAUACCCUGUAUGCGGACGGCGUUAUGGCACCUUCAGCCACGGUUGGCUUCGCCAUUGUCCUGCUCCAGGGAACGGCAAGCGUUCCUGGCCCCAUUUUGCCUGUCUUCCGUCGCACGCAGACUACCACCACCACAUCAAUGACUGUUUCGACAACAUCCACGGUGACUAGCUCGCGGACGACAUCAAUUUCCUCAGGCACGGACACCACCACGGCCACCACGAUAACUUCAACUACCACUAUUUCCUCCACAACCAGCAGUACCACGGUGACGCGUACAUCGACGACAGCAUCAACUUCCUCAGGCACGGACACUACGACUGCAACCUCGACACUAACACUUACCACCACGACAGCAUCAAGCACAACCAUGACGAGCGCAGUCGUCCUUGAGGGCUGUCUCGGCCUCUCAAUGGCGGACACCUCAUCGUUUACGAACGCCAGCAACCUAGCGGCGGUUCACCAGGUCAUUCGCGAGACCGUGGCUGAGUCCCUGGGUCCCGAUGUCUUGCCC